GAUUUUCAGGUGGAACUGUAGGAACAAACCUGUGUCAAUGGUUAACUCAGGUUCUUGGUGUCUGGAGUUUUUCUUUCCUUUAUUAUUAACUAAAGAACAUUUUUAUCCCUGCUCACUCGGGAGCACCCAGCUCAUAGAUCCUCUGUGGGGAGAGUGAAUAAAGUGGACACGACUUCUCCAUUCGGCAUGGAAUUUGGUCUUGAUUUGCUGCAGCAGCUUGUGAAACAGAAGCACGGGAGUACGGACUGAGCAGAACCAGGAGGUCCCAUUCUCAUGCCUCCAAUGGUCGGGUGAGAGAAUGAAGACCCAGAAACCUUGAGCAGCUUCUUGUUGUUGUCAAGGGUCAUUGGAUGACAAAUGGGACAGGAACCUACAAGAAUGAUACAUGUUGUGGGCCAAAUUUGUGGAACCAUUUAACAUCCGACAUUCCGGAGCUAGGGGAAAGGACUUGAAUCUGAGCGAGCGGCGUUGUCAGUUCUGUUCUGUCUUGGGAAGUACACGAGGAAGAGAAACUUCCUGGGAAGAAAGAGAGGACACGGCCGGCGCUGAAGGGGAGGGUCUGCGGCAUUCAGUAUGUUUUAACUGAAAACUUAAAUCAACAAAUAGCAACAGAACUAUUCCUUGUACAAAAUCCACCUGGAUGCCAGAAGGACAGAGGAAAGGAUGAGCUAUUACGGCAGCAGCUACCCGAUUGUAAACGUGGACCCCAAAUACCCAGGCUACGCCCAAGAGCACAUCCUAGCUGAGAAGAGAAGAGCCAGAAGACGUCUGCUUCACAAAGAUGGUAGCUGCAACGUGUACUUUAAGCACAUUUUUGGAGAAUGGGGGAGCUAUGUGGUUGACAUUUUCACUACUCUUGUAGACACCAAGUGGCGCCAUAUGUUUGUAAUAUUUUCUUUAUCUUAUAUUCUCUCCUGGUUGAUAUUUGGCUCUAUCUUUUGGCUAAUUGCCUUUCAUCACGGUGAUCUGUUAAAUGAUCCGGACAUCACGCCUUGUGUUGACAACGUUCAUUCCUUUACAGGGGCGUUUUUAUUCUCCCUUGAGACCCAGACCACCAUAGGUUAUGGUUACCGCUGUGUCACUGAAGAAUGCUCAGUGGCAGUGCUCAUGGUGAUUCUUCAAUCCAUCCUGAGCUGCAUCAUAAACACCUUCAUCAUUGGAGCUGCCUUGGCCAAAAUGGCGACUGCUCGAAAGAGAGCCCAAACCAUUCGGUUUAGCUAUUUUGCCCUCAUAGGCAUGAGGGAUGGGAAGCUUUGCCUCAUGUGGCGCAUUGGUGAUUUCCGGCCAAACCAUGUGGUAGAAGGCACAGUGAGAGCCCAACUUCUCCGCUACACAGAAGACAGCGAAGGACGAAUGACCAUGGCAUUCAAAGACCUAAAGUUGGUCAACGACCAGAUCAUCCUUGUCACACCGGUAACUAUUGUUCAUGAAAUUGACCACGAGAGCCCUCUGUAUGCCCUUGACCGAAAAGCGGUGGCCAAAGAUAACUUUGAGAUUUUGGUGACAUUCAUCUACACUGGUGAUUCCACAGGCACUUCCCACCAAUCCAGAAGUUCCUAUGUUCCGCGAGAAAUUCUCUGGGGCCAUAGGUUUAAUGACGUCCUGGAAGUGAAGAGAAAGUACUACAAAGUGAACUGCUUACAGUUUGAGGGGAGUGUUGAGGUAUAUGCUCCCUUUUGCAGUGCCAAACAGCUAGACUGGAAAGACCAGCAGCUCCACAACAUGGACAAAGCCCCCCCGGCCCGAGGAUCUGGCACGUCAGACACCACGGUCAGAAGAAGGUCGUUUAGUGCCGUUGCCAUUGUCAGCAGUUGUGAGAACCCAGAGGAGACCAUCACCUCCGCCGUGGAUGAGUGUAAGGAAGCACCUUAUCAGAAAGCUGUCUUGACUUUAAAUAGAAUCUCUGUAGAAUCCCAAAUGUAGUUCCAAUUGUGAUGACCAGGACCACCACUCCAUCAUUUUACUCUGUAGCCCAUCACUUUAAGGCAAGUAGUUAUAAGCAGGGCUUUUAAGGAAUGGUCCAGCUACGUUUGAUGGACUUGGGGGGAAAAGAAGAGCAGGUUAAAUCUGGUGAAAGAUCAUCUAAAAAUUACAUAGUAUCCGAUCGUUUAAACUUUUUUUUUGUAUUAGCAAAUUUGAUAUUAGGGAUGCUAUUCAUAGCCUAAUUGAUUAAUUUAAAUUUCACCUCCUUUUCUUAUAUCACACACUUGCAUCUUUAGUUGCAGGUGUCCUAUCUGGUAAAGGAGAACAAAGGUAGGAUACUGGCAUAAGGAAGACAGGCAGCCAGCAUGAAUAACUAAUUUUUAAAUGUAUCAACAUGUAUAGUAGUUUCCUGGAAAAAGUCACAUCUUUCUAACCAAGAUAGGCAAAAUAUGCAUCCAGUAGAUUGUUAACAUUGAAAUAUUUAACUGAAAUCACCUGGCAGGCUCAGCAUUUGCCCCGUAGAGUGUCUUGGUAUCCACAGAAAGAGGUAGUGACUGUGAGGUAGAGACACCUGCCACUUGGGCAGGUUAAUGAUUGAAGAGUGCUAGAAGCUGUUUUUGUUUCUUCUAAUUCAUACGACAGAAAACAAGUUGUCAUUAUUCAGGACAGUAUUUCUCUCUCAAAUGCCCUGAGUGAUGGCAGCAAAUGCCUUUAUAUGGAAGAGCAGAAAUAAGGCAACGGUGACAUUUCUAGCUUCUCUAGCAAGGGGGCUUCCUCUGCCCAACCCCAUCUUCUCCAAAGACAACAUGAAGAUAGGAUCACAGAGAUGGGAUGAGGGAAGGGGCGGCAGUGGGAAACAUUUCUCAGACAACUGUGCUGUGUUCUGAAAGACUGUAGCUGCUUUUGCUUGCUGCGUAAGGGAUGGAACCAUUAUUUUUUGGAGGGGACGGGGAGAGACGUAGGGGGACAGCAAGGGGAAAGAGAUGUAUUUGUGCCCAGAAGCAGUUAAAUAUGUCUUCUGCCUUGGUGACUCCAUAAGACAUAAAUGACUUGAAUUCUAGAUUUUCAGCAACUCUCCCAUUGAACUUGGAACGAUCAUUUAAAUGGAAGAUUUUGUGAAAUAUAAUGAAGCUGAUUUUUCUGCACAUUAUUAAACAGAUAAGCUAGGUGUUAUGGAAUUGCUUAAAUUGGGGGAAGUAAAUCUGUAUGCUCUAUUUCUGUGUCAAAAGAUGUUAAUCAUGAUUAUUUUAAGCCCAAUUUCCUAUGAGUAAAGUCACUUUCAGCUUUAUAAAUUGAACAGUUGUUAGCUUCAUUCAGAAUUAAUGUGUUUCUUUACUCACUUUCUUUUUUCUUUUUCUUUUCUUUUUUUUUUUUUUACAUUGUUGCUGAGGGGACAAUAAGCAUAUAAGCAUAUGCCACAGAUUUUCCUUUGCUUAUUUUAUUUAAAUAUAUGUACACACAAAUUGUUUUUGCAGUUUCUGGAAACACUCCCCCCCCAAUUUAAAUGAAAGCUUACAAGUAAAUUGAACUGAAUCAUAGAGUCUGCGAUUAUCAAUCAAAGUAAAAUAUGUAGGUAUGUAAAGAGUUUUUCUCCUUUUUAUUUUUCUUUUUCCAUCAUCCCUUCCUCCCUUUCUUCCUUUCCCUCUUUCUUUCUUUUGACCAUGAGCACUGAAGUAACUUUUUUAAAUGCAUGUGUGCAAAUCUUUUAUUCCUGUUGUUUUAUGGAUAAGAGAUUCAUUCAGGUCCCAGGUGGUAAAACUGUCCUGAAGCUUAAUAUCAGAGAUCUAAAGAAUGCAUUUUUUUCUGCCUUGCUCCAGAAACGCAAAACCCAUUUUUAAAAUUACACAUGCCUUGUAGAUUCAGAUUUUGUAGCAACAAUUACUCAGCUAAAUUAGAAGGCCACCAUCUACCAAGUAGAAAUCUAUCGCCACUGCGACAAACCCAGAGGCCCUCCCCCACCUCCAACCCGACUUUCUAAGAUUGUUUCACACCCCUCUAGUUUCAUUUCAUUUUGCUUUGCUUCCUAGACUCUGCCAAACCAGGAUUCGCAUUUUGUUAGUAUCAGAAUAGAAGUGUCGAUAUCCAAUAAUUACAUUUCCCUGUGCUAUGCAUUUCCACCGGUUAAAUCCUCUUACCCCGAGUACAAUGUAAAAUCCGUGUUCCCUUGUCACAUUUAUCUCAAUUUUCUGUUUAGACUCAUAACACACUCUGAUACCCCCAAUGAGUUACUUAAUAAUAAAGAUCUUAAGUAAUGCAGAAA